UUACCGAGUUCCUUCUCUCUCUCCUCCUUCUAGUCAACUCUCUCAAAACAAGAGCCAAAGAGUCGUCCGACCUUCAACCCCAACAACCCCCACCCCACUUCACUCCUUCCCCAAUAUACACCAAAACAAAAACACAAACACAAACGCGAACACUCGAACACGAACGAUGUCUAUAUUAUAUGAUCAGAUCUUGAAUUUGUGACAAUUAAAGCUGAGAUAUGGGCCACCUAAACCUCCCCUCCUCCAAGCGCAACAACCCCAGGCAGUGGCGCCUCCUCGAUCUCAUCACUGCCUCCUUCUUCGCUGCCGUCCUCCUCUUCUUCCUCCUCGUUUUCACUCCUCUCGGCGACUCCCUCGCCGCUUCGGGCCGCCAGUCCCUCCUCCGCUCCACGGCGGAUCCGCGGCAGCGCCACCGCCUGGUUGAGCUUGUGGAGUCUGGCCUCCAGCAGACCAUCGAGUCUUGCCCUGCCGAUGCUGUUGAUCACAUGCCGUGUGAGGAUCCGAGGCUGAACAGUCAGCUCAGUAGAGACAUGAAUUUUUAUAGAGAAAGGCAUUGUCCGCCGCCCGACCAGACGCCUCUGUGCUUGAUUCCGCCGCCCCAAGGGUACCGUCUUCCGGUCCACUGGCCAGAAAGCUUGCACAAGAUAUGGCAUAGCAACAUGCCACACAAUAAGAUAGCUGACAGGAAAGGCCAUCAAGGAUGGAUGAAAAAGGAAGGCCCGUACUUCAUUUUUCCUGGCGGUGGCACAAUGUUCCCAGAUGGAGCCGAACAAUAUAUUGAGAAACUUAAACAGUAUAUUCCUAUAGCUGGUGGAGAUCUAAGGACAGCUCUUGAUAUGGGAUGUGGGGUUGCUAGUUUUGGUGGAUACCUCCUAGCUGAAGACAUUUUAACCCUCUCCUUUGCUCCAAGAGAUUCACACAAAGCACAAAUACAAUUUGCAUUGGAAAGAGGAAUACCAGCAUUUGUUGCCAUGCUUGGUACUCGCAGACUUCCAUUUCCCGCUUCCUCAUUUGACUUGGUGCACUGCUCUCGAUGUUUGAUCCCUUUUACAGCAUAUAAUGCAACAUAUUUUAUCGAAGUUGAUAGGUUACUUCGCCCAGGAGGGUACAUAGUCAUUUCUGGCCCCCCUGUACAGUGGCCUAAACAAGAUAAGGAAUGGGCAGAUCUCCAGGCAGUGGCUAGAGCAUUGUGUUAUGAGCUGAUUGCUGUAGAUGGGAACACUGUCAUCUGGAAAAAGCCUAAUGGGGAUUCAUGUCUCCCAAAUCAAAAUGAAUUUGGGCUUGAAUUGUGUGAUGAAUCUGAUGACCCAAAUCAUGCAUGGUACUUCAAGUUAAAGAAAUGUGUUAGCAGGAAAUUAUCUGUUAAAGGAGAAUAUGCUGUUGGGAUGAUUCCAAAGUGGCCAAAGAGGCUAACGAAAGCUCCUUCCAGGACCGAACUCAUGAAAAAUGGAAUUGAUCUGUUUGAAGCUGAUACUCGACGGUGGGCAAGGAGAGUUGCUUAUUAUAAAACUUCUUUGAACUUGAAGCUGGGAACUCCAGCUAUACGAAAUGUCAUGGACAUGAAUGCAUUUUUUGGAGGUUUUGCUGCUGCGCUAUUAUCUGAUCCUGUGUGGGUAAUGAAUGUUAUUCCCGCUCGCAAGCCUUCAACGCUUGGUGUCAUUUAUGACAGAGGCCUUAUUGGAGUUUACCAUGAUUGGUGCGAGCCUUUCUCAACAUAUCCUAGGAGUUAUGAUCUCAUCCAUGUAGCUUCCAUUGAGUCGCUUACAAGAGAUCCCGGCUCUGGAAAGAGCAGGUGUAACCUUGUGGAUUUGAUGGUGGAGAUUGAUCGAAUGCUACAUCCAGAAGGGAUGGUUGUGAUUCGAGAUUCCCCUGAAGUGAUCGACAAAGUAGAACAUAUUGCUCACGCUGUCAGAUGGACUGCCACCAUACAUGAGAAGGAACCCGAAUCGCAUGGGAGGGAGAAAAUACUCGUAGCAACGAAAAGUUUUUGGCAGUUGCCUUCAUCAUCCCGCUGAUGCGUCUUUUUCUUUGUUGUAAUGUAAGUAUGAUUUUAAUUUUUUUCCCCUUAUUUAAAGCUAAUAUGUCAUUAUGUGCAUCAAAUGAUGUAGCUUUAAUCUCAUUUAGUUCGAUCUUACGUCAAGGGGUAGUCAUGAUAGAAUACUCUUGCCAGUGGCAAUUAUAAUCUUAUUUAUUUUUUAGGGUCAAUUGUAAGAUAUCAUUUAGAAAAAUAAAAAAAAAAAAAAAAAAAAAAUUCUAUGUUGAACAAGUUUCAACUUAGGAAGAUAGAUAGAUUUCAUGAUGUGUAAUAGCUAAGGAACUGCAAUGUAUUAUGAUAAACUUUAUUUUCCAUUACA